UCCGGAGUAUACAAUUUUAGCCAUGCCAAGACAAGGCAAGAUUGCGGGCCUUCUCAACCCGGACGUCGCGGCCUCGGACCGCAAGCUGCGCCACGAGCGCGCCAAGCAGCGCUACGAGGACGAGGUCGCAUCCCUUCGCGCCAAGCUGGCCGAGCUCUCGGAGCAACUCGAGACGCUCACCAAGGCGCGCGCCGGCCCGCGCAAGUCGCAGUCGGUCUGGGAAGGCUUUGCGCGCCGCCAGGUCAUCGAGCACCAGGAAGCGCUGCGUGAAAACGCAAAGCUCAAGCACCAGAUCGAAGCGCAUAUGGGGCUGCUCCAGCGCCUCCAAGGCGUGCUAGCGCAGGACCGGCACGACCUUCUCGAGCUAUCGGACCCGAAUGCUGUCGUGAGCCUCGUGGAGGAGCCGAGCGCGCGCCGGGCAACGGUCCACGCCGUCUUGGACCAGCAGUUUGCGCAGCUGCCGGCGACGUACCAAAACACGGGCUCGCAUCGUCCCUCGACACGUGGAAGCAGAUCGUCGUGCGGCAGGGCCGCCACGAGCUCGUGCUCGAGAUCUCGUACAACCUCCUCGUGCACGCGUCUCUCGACGCCGUCGGCGACGCGCUCUGCGAAGUCUUUGCGCCGACCCAGCGCCGCGUCGUCAGCAACGGCACCGUGCAGCUGCUCGAGUCGUUUGACGCGACGACGCACUUGCUCGAGCGCGUGUACACGGUGCCAGAGCAGCGCGCGAUCCACACGCACCUUGCGACCAAGAGCUUUCGCUGUGUCGACGGAGGGUUCGCCUUUGUGCAGCAAGCGAUCGGCCAAGACGCACUCUUUCCGCUGCCUCCCGACACGGUGGUCGUCCGCGACGUCAUCUUUACGACGGUCGAGUCCAGCGAAGGCGGCGACGCCCGCUGGAAGUCGUUCCGGCACGUGCACAUCCCGCUCGAUGAGACGGCGGGCGGCGACAUGGUCGAGAAGCUCCUCGCCUGCUACGGCGACUCGAUCGAGGUGCUGACGAAAGCGCUGCACCGGGUGCUGCGGUCGCCGCGCGAUCUCGUCGAGUCCCAAGGCGACUUGAUUACCUUCAACCAUAAUUAUCAAUGAUGAUCACCUCAUCGCGCUGGA